AUGGACCCUCUCACAACUGGUUGUGCUCUGAAAUACUCAGUGCCCAAAGCCAGGGUCUUUGUUGUCUUCCUGUCAAUGGUUUUGUGCACUACCAUUCUCUGCCUGCUGCAACUCAGGUUUUUUAAACCUAAAAUCAAAGAUUUUUAUUCUUUUGAAGUCAAGGAUUCACGAGGAAGGAUCAUUUCCUUGGAGAAGUACCGAGGGAAAGCAACUUUGGUUGUAAACGUGGCCAGUUACUGCCAAUACACAGACAAAAAUUACAUCGCACUGCAAGAGCUGCACAGAGAGUUUGGUCCCUCCCACUUCACUGUGCUGGCGUUCCCCUGCAACCAGUUCGGAGAAUCGGAACCCAGUUCAAGCCAGGAAAUAGAGUCUUUUGUCAAAGGAAACUAUGGAGUAACAUUCCCUGUUUUCCACAAAAUCAAGAUCCUAGGAUCAGAAGCAGAUCCCGCCUUUAAAUUUCUAAUAGAGUCUUCAAAGAAAGAGCCUCGAUGGAAUUUCUGGAAGUACCUUGUCAGCCCUGAGGGUAAAGUUGUGAAAUUCUGGAGACCCGAAGAGCCAAUGGAAAGUAUCAAACCAGAAGUAACAUCAUUAAUCAGGCAGAUUAUCAUGAAGAAAAGAGAAGACCUCUGA